CCUUUUAAGCAACAGAGCUUUUGUACUCUUUCAUUUAGUCGGGUUCCCUCCUGAGGAUUCCAGCUUAUCUUUCCUUCUCACUCCUUUUUCUAGACAGUGAGGAGUUCAACGUCAACCGUGAGAGACAGCCUAGGAUGCAUCUCUACCUGGAGGGUGCUGAUUGAAAACUUAAAGAUUCUCCUCCAAAUAACUGCUGAUUUUGAGCUAGUGCUUCCUCCUGUUAGCUUUGUCAAAAGCGAGGGCUUUCAAUUAAGGAAAAAACAGCUUUAUGAAGGUGGCCACAUAAAAGACAUCACCCUACCUACCAGGUCUCUUUAGAUGGAAUUUAAAGCUGCAGAAACCUUGUCACCAGAAGGAUUAAUAUCUGCAUUAGCAUUUCUGCAAUAAAAAAAAUUUCAAAGCUAAGUGGUGGAGGGCCACGGACAGCCUCAAACCUGGAUUCUUCAGCUCGACAUUCAGCGUUGGAGUUUUUAAUUACUUGCUCUAGGGAAACCAUUGCCAAUGCUUACAAGGAACUGCUUAUCCCUGGUUCUCUGGGUCCUGUUCGAUGGAGGUCUCUUAACACCACUUCAUCCACAACCACAACAGACUUUAGAAGGUGAGCUGAGGGGAAAUGUUGUCACAGCACCAGAGAGGAGGACACCCGCCAUGCGGGUCAAGCGAGGCUGGGUGUGGAAUCAGUUCUUUGUGCUGGAGGAAUACAUGGGCUCCGAACCCCAGUACGUGGGAAAGCUUCAUUCUGACUUGGACACGGGAGUGGGAAGUGUUAAGUAUACAUUAUCAGGAGAUGGCGCUGGUACAGUGUUUACCAUUGAUGAGACCACAGGAGACAUUCAUGCCAUAAGGAGCCUUGACCGUGAAGAGAAGCCUUUCUAUACCCUACGUGCUCAAGCGGUGGACAUCGAUACAAGGAAACCACUGGAGCCUGAAUCAGAGUUCAUAAUCAAAGUUCAGGACAUUAACGAUAAUGAGCCAAAAUUCCUUGAUGGGCCUUAUGUUGCCAGUGUCCCCGAAAUGUCUCCAGUAGGGGCAUAUGUGCUGCAGGUCAAAGCAACAGAUGCUGAUGACCCUACUUAUGGAAAUAGUGCCAGAGUAGUUUACAGCAUUCUUCAGGGACAGCCAUAUUUCUCCAUUGAUCCCAAGACAGGUGUUAUAAGAACAGCCUUGCCAAACAUGGACAGAGAAGUUAAAGAACAAUAUCAGGUUCUUAUUCAAGCCAAGGACAUGGGAGGUCAGCUUGGAGGACUGGCUGGAACUACUACAGUGAACAUAACUCUCACUGAUGUCAAUGACAAUCCACCAAGAUUUCCCAAGAGUAUCUUCCACUUGAAAGUACCUGAGACUUCUCUUGUUGGUUCAGCCAUUGGAAGAAUCAGAGCAGUGGAUCCUGACUCUGGGAAAAAUGCAGAGAUUGAAUAUACUAUUGUUCCAGGAGACGGAGGGAACUUGUUUGACAUUAGCACAGAUGAGAACACACAAGAAGGAGUCAUCAAGUUGAAAAAGCCACUGGAUUUUGAAACAAAAAAGGCAUACACUUUUAAAGUAGAGGCGUCGAAUGUCCACCUUGAUCAUCGCUUCCAUUCCGUGGGCCCAUUCAAGGAUACUGCUACUGUGAAGAUCAAUGUGUUGGACAUGGAUGAACCUCCAGUUUUCAGCAAACCUUUUUACACUAUGGAGGUUUAUGAAGAUACUCCUGUUGGGACCAUUAUUGGAGCUGUUACAGCCCAGGACCUUGAUGUUGGCAGCAGUGUUGUCAGGUACUUCAUAGACUGGAAGAGUGACGUGGACAGCUACUUUUCUAUAGACAAAAUGGAAGGAACUAUUGCUACAAACGAAUUACUAGACAGAGAGAGUACUGCACGAUAUAAUUUUUCAAUAAUUGCAAAUAAAGUUAGCAAUCCACUAUUAACCAGCAAGGUCAAUGUCAUCAUAAAUGUCCUAGAUGUCAAUGAAUUUCCUCCUGAAAUUGCAGUGCCCUAUGAGUCUUAUGUGUGUGAAAAUGCAAGGCCAGGACAGGUAAUUCAGAUUGUCGGUGCAGUAGACAAGGAUUUGUCACCUGCUGGGCAAAGAUUCUCCUUUCGACUCUCGCCUGAGGUGUCCACAAAGCCAAAUUUCACAGUCCAUGAUUUCAGAAACAACACAGCUGGAAUUGUAGCCAGGAGAAGCGGGUAUAGCCGUCGGCAGCAAGAGCUGUAUUUCCUUCCAGUUGUGAUAGAAGAUAGCAGUUACCCUAUACAAAGCAGUACAAACACAAUGACAAUCCGGGUUUGCAGAUGUGACUCUGAUGGUACCAUCCUCUCAUGCAAUGUUGAGGCAAUCUUCCUGCCAGUUGGACUCAGCACGGGGGCCUUGAUUGCAAUCUUGUUGUGCAUUGUUAUACUUCUAGUCAUCGUGGUUCUGUAUGUAGCGCUGAGGCGGCAGAAGAAAAAAGACACCCUCAUGACCUCUAAGGAAGACAUCCGAGACAACGUCAUCCAUUAUGAUGAUGAAGGAGGCGGCGAAGAGGACACUCAGGCCUUCGACAUUGGGGCCCUGAGGAAUCCAAAAGCAAUUGAGGAUAACAAAAUACGCAGGGAUAUAAAGCCAGAAGCUCUCUGCUUACCUCGUUCGAGACCACCCACAGAGGACAACACAAAUAUCAGAGAUUUCAUAAAUCAGAGGCUGAGGGAAAAUGAUGGAGAUCCCUCAGCACCCCCUUAUGACUCACUAGCGACAUACGCUUAUGAAGGAAAUGGAUCUGUGGCUGAAUCUCUCAGCUCUAUAGAUUCACUCGCAACUGAGGCAGAUCAGGAUUAUGACUAUUUGAGUGACUGGGGACCACGUUUUAAAGUCUUAGCAGAAAUGUUUGGCGAAGAAGAAAGUUAUAAUCCUGAUAAAGUUACUUAG